GAAAAAUAAAAUCUUUGGAGAUUUUAUUUACGAGAGGAUAGGCUUCUCCAGUGUUUUAAUUUGACCAUGGUCAUGCAGUUUGACCGUUAAAGAAACAACUGAAGAAAUAAAAAAUAAUAAUAAACUUGGUUUAGAUUGUCGCCUCCGAUUUUAUAAAAACUGCUGUGUAUUGGGAUCCGUCCUGCUUUAAUUGAUACCAUUUUGCUCCGUCAUUCUCAAAAUCACACAAUCUUGCUUCCAUGGCUUCCUCUCAUCAACCAAAGCAUGAUGUUUUUCUCAGUUUCAGUGGUGAAGACACUCGCAACAACUUCACCGCUUAUUUAUAUCAAGCUUUGAGACGGAAAGGGAUCGCCGUCUUCAUGGACGAAAACGAAUUGAAAAAGGGGCAGAAACUGUCUCCGGCACUGUUGAAAGCAAUCGAGGAAUCAAGGAUCUCGGUAAUUAUUUUCUCAACAAACUAUGCUUGUUCAUCAUGGUGCUUGCAAGAACUUUUCAAGAUCAUGGAACUGAACCGUGCCAACAAACAAGAAGUAGUGCCUAUCUUCUACCAUGUUAGUCCGUCCGAUGUUCGAAAACGUACUGGGAGUUUUGAAAAAGCUUUUGCUGAUCAUCAAGAAAAGUGGGCAUACAAAUUGCAAGGGUGGAAAGAUGCUUUUACUGAAGCAGGCUAUAUAAAGGGGUGGCAUAUAGUGGGAGAUAAAUCUGACAGAUCCGAGCCUGAUUACAUGGAGAAAAUUGUUGAAGAUAUUAUAAAGGAGUUGCAUUGCAUGUCUCCAAGUGAUGCUAAAGGAUUGGUUGGAAUAGAUUCUCACAAAGAGCGAAUUAUAUCUUUGUUAGCCGUUAAUGAGAAAGACAUCCCAAUGAUAAUAAUAGGAAUUUGGGGUAUGGGUGGUAUAGGCAAAACAACUCUUGCUCAAGCUAUUUAUGAUGAAGUCUAUGGUGAAUUUGAUAGCUGCUGUUUCCUUGCAAAUGUCAAAGAGGAGUCAACAAAACGUGAUGGAAUCACUUCUCUACGAGAUAAACUUCUUUCUAUAAUAUUAGAAGAAGAAAUCCCCAAUACUGGCACUCCCAGAAUAGGAUCCACAUUCUUGAAUGAUAGACUCCAUCGAAAAAGGGUACUUGUUGUCCUUGAUGACGUCAGUGAUUUGGACCAAUUAGAAAUAUUAGCAAUCAGUCCUGAUCGCUUGGGUUAUGGAAGUAGAAUUAUAAUAACAUCUAGAGAUAAACAAGUACUUAAGAAUGGAUCAGCUGAUAGAAUAUAUGAGGUUAAGGGAUUAAAAUAUCCUAACUCACUUCAUCUUUUUUCUCUAUAUGCCUUCAAGAAAAACCAUCCUCCUGAUGAUUUUAUGGAUCUAUCAAAUAGAGUUUUGGAAUAUGCUAAAGGGGUUCCUAUUGCUCUUAAGGUCUUGGGCUCUACACUUUAUCAGAAGUGUGAAGAACAAUGGGAAAGUGCAUUAAAUAAAUUAAAGGAACAUCCCAACCCAAAAAUUCAUAAUCUAUUGAAGAUUAGUUUUGAUGGAUUGGAUGACACAGAGAGGAGUAUAUUUCUUGAUAUCACAUGCUUUUUUAAAGGGGAAAAGACUAAGGUUGUUGCAAAAAUAUUAAAUAGUUGUUAUAAAGGCGUGCUUUUUGGAAUAAGCAACCUGGUUGAUAAGUGCCUGGUUAAUAUUAUAGAAUCGGAUGAUACACUUUGGAUGCAUGAUUUGCUACAAGAAAUGGGUUGGAAUAUUGUUCGCCAAGAAUCCAAAGAGCCUGGAGAACGCAGUAGGCUAUGGACUCCUACAGAUGUGUCUCGAGUUUUAAAACAUGAUAUGGGGAGUAAAUCAAUUGAAGGGAUAUUGCUAGACAUGCAUGGAAUUGAUGAAAUACAAUUACAUCAAGAUGUUUUUGCAAAGAUGCAUGAUCUCAGGUUUAUCAAAUUCUAUUAUUCUCAGUUUUGUGGAAAGGAAGGUAAAUCACUGCUUUCAGAGCAGGAUCUUAAAUCUCUUCCAGGUGAGCUCAGUUAUUUUCAGUGGGAGUAUUGCCCGUUGAAAUCUUUGCCAUCAAAUUUUAGUCCUGAGAAGCUCGUGGAAUUAAGAUUACCGAAUAGUAACUUCAAACAACUUUGGGCAAAAGAUCAGAAUCUUGUGAAUUUAAGAGCUAUUGACCUCCGAAAUUGCAAGAAUUUAACAAAGAUCCCAGAUCUGUCGAGAGCCAUAAACCUUGAAGAAUUGGAGGUUAGUGGGUGCAUAAGCUUGGUUGAGCUUCCAUGCAUGGUUCAUUUGAAAUUUCUUGAAAAUCUCUGUCUUAGUGACUGCCCAAUCACAAUAUUUCCAGAAAUUCCUAGAACCAUAAAGACAUUAAACUUGAGUGGGACUCAAAUAGAAGAAGUGCCUUCAUCAAUUGAGUGUCUCAGAGAACUUGCUUCCUUACAAAUGAGCCAUACACGAAUUAAAAAUCUUCCUAGUACUGUUGUUAAGAUGAAUUCCCUUAGAACAAUCUGUCUCUCUCAUUGCCCAAACGUUACUUGUUUUCCAAAUGUUUCAGAGAACAUAAAAGACUUAAUUUUGAGCAAUACUCAAAUCAAAGAGGUGCCUUCAUCAAUCAGUUGUCUCAAAGAACUUGCCCUUUUAGAUAUGAGUGGCACAAGAAUUGAAAAUCUUCCAAGCACUAUUGUAAAUAUGGAGUUCCUAAAAGCAAUCCAUCUCCGUCAUUGCCCAAACAUCACCCAGUUUCCAAAUGUUUCGAGCAACAUCAAAAUCUUAUUACUGGACAACACAGCAAUAGUAGGAGUGCCCUUAUCAAUUGCUAGGCUUGAAAGCCUGUCCAUGUUGAGUAUGAAUGACUGUACAAGGAUUAAAAGCUUUCCAACAUGUAUUUGCAAGCUGAAAUGUCUUCGACAACUUUGUCUCCUAGGCUGUUCAAAUUUAGAGACUUUCCCAGAAAUAGUGGAGACUAUGCAACAUCUAACUGAGCUUGCUUGUUUGAAAAGAUUAAGUAUAAUAGUGUCACCCAUCUUGAACGACCACAUAUUUCGUGUGAGGUGCAAUAGAAACUUGAAUGUUCUGAGUGUCGUGCUUAGCAGUAGCUUUAGCAAAUUUCAUGUUUUGACAACUCUAGAUCUGAGUGGGUCAAAUAUAGUAAAAAUUCCCAUGAGCAUCCAACAACUUCCCAAUCUAAUUUCUCUUUACUUAAAAUGUUGCAAGAGCCUUAUAGUAUUGCCUGAGCUUCCACUAUGUCUACAAAACCUAAAUGCACAUGACUGUACUUCAUUAGAACUGGUGUUGAGCAGAAGACAGUUUUGGGAGAAUUCUUGCCUACUCCACAUGUUAUUUAGUAAUUGCUUUGAUUUGGAUCAAGAUGUAGUCGACAAAAUAGUGGCCAAUGCACAUCUUAGACUUCAAUGCAUGGUAGAGGAAUGGGUGAAAGAAAGGUCAAGGGGAUUUUAUGAAAUAGUACCCGAUAAUAUUCUUGAUAGAGUUGUUGCCAGUAGUGAAAUUUCAGAAAGGUUUGAGUACCGAGGCAUGGAUUCUUCAAUAACUAUCAAGCUGUGUCCAAAUUGGCAGAGUGAGAGAUUCUUGUGUUUUGUUCCAUCUGUUGUGGUUGAUUUCAAGGUCAAUUAUGAAGACAUUGGUGUUCAAAUUGUUUGCGAAAUUCGGCUAAAAACCAAAUUUGGUGAUUGUCAUAAUUUUAGAAGUAGAUGGACUUCACCUAUGUAUUAUGAUGAGCCCAUGUUCUUUGAGUCCAAUAACAUGAUCAUUUGGUUUGAUAAGAAUAUGUUUCAAAAAGACAAGCACUAUGAGGAGGCCUCGUUUGAAUUCUACAUCACAGCUAAAGAUGAUGGAAGGCGUGUAGAUCAUAUCAAGGUGGAGAAAUGUGGUGUUCAUGUAUUUUAUGUGGAUGCUGAGUGUUAUACUGAGUGCAAUGUCGAAUCCAACAAAAAUUUCAGCUCUAGUGAAGAGAAGAGGAAACCGCCCCUUCAGUUUUUGGAAUCAAGUUAUGGAAUUUCUGCUUGCUUGCCACGCACUCAAGAUGAUGUGGACAGAUGCAAUCCUAAAAUGAUACAACGCCAGCCAAACUCCCCGAUUCAUUCAAAUUGGCUCUCAAUAAAAGGAAGCAGUCUAAAUUUUGGCAGAUUAAUACAUCAAGAAAGUGUCAAUUUUGACAAUGGCCAUGAUGAUCCCACUAUCACAAAAGGACAUUGGAGCAGUGGAAGUUUCAGCUUUGAUGAUGAGGCUGAUGAUGAGAUUGAACAAGAUCAAAAAAGAUUGAAGCUUUUUCAUCUCUUUUGAUCAAAUUUCUGCUUUAUGCAUCUAAUUAACAAGGCCAAGGUUGAUUUCAAGGAGAAGUAAGUUCACUUAAUCCAUUAGUUUCUAUUUUAUAUUUGCUUGAAAGUAACAUAAAUUAUGUAAAAUUUUUGGUUUUGUUGGUUUUAUGUUGUUAAUUGCUGUUUUCCUGUAUUUCCUGGGUACUAGUUGAUUUCUGAUUUCUAUGAUGAAGUUUGAUUACCACAUUUAUGUCAGCCAGGUAAACCUUCAAUUGAUCCUCCCUAAACGUUUAUUUGCAUGACUUGUAUGUGUUUGGUUUUGCUUUAUCUUGAUAUAGGUGUUAAUUAGUUGAUACCUUCCUUAGGAUCACUAAAACCAUUUGGGAAUGCAAAAGAAUAGUCUGAUCUGAUACCGUUGAACUUGUAAAUAUUGGUGUUUCCAUUAUGUUUGUCAUUACCAGAAAAAAUUCUCAGCAAAAUAUUUUUCUCUUGGAUUUAAAAUCGAGGUUGGGACAAAUAAAAAUUUUUUUUCUCACAUUAGAACGCCUACCUUUUUCCUAAAUUACAGUGGUUAACUUGAAUAUGACUUGAUAUAUGUUAUGACGUUAUCAAGGUAGAGAAUCGACAUCCCCUGCAGCAGGGUAUUAUCACUGGAUGGUCCAAUAUUUAGCUUCUAUAAUUAUGCAAUACUGGAAGUUUAUGUUCUUUCCUUUAACUUUCAUGUGGUCUUCAAUUUAAAUGCUGCACAUUGUAUAAUGUCAAUGUGGUAGAAAGAACACAAACACCAACAUUAAGAAUAGGGAGAGUUAAACUAAAAUACUAAAAGAAAGGCAACUAAUUCAGCAUGUUUAGUAUUGAGGACUAGUGGUGCCAAUAUCUUGUUUACAUCCAUUAUGUCUUUCUCCUUUCACCCAUGGAAAAGACAGUUACAAAAAGGAGCUGAAAGAAUGAAACAUAAAUGAAAAAUGGUCGGGUAAAGUGUGAAUAUAUUGAUUACUGAUAGAGGAGGUCCUUGGUUUAACAUUUGUAGUACGAAAACCAACAAUUUGUCCUUUUUUUUUUUUUUAUAAUUAAGGUUGUUAAGGAUUGAACCUGGUUACUGGAACUAAAAGUCGAACACUCUACCAACAGACCAUGUGGCUAUGGGCGGAAAACCAACAAUUUGAUUAUGCAUUUCCCUUAAGUACUUGAAGAAACUGCACUUCUUCAUAUUAUAUUUUUCUCUGAAGUUUUAACACUUGAUUGUAGAACUAGCGAAUAAUUUUGAAAAGUUGGUCACAGCCUUGAGGUUAGCAUUGACUUUUUAAAUUUGCUACUAUGAAGGGAAUGAAGAUGCAAGUGAUUGUUCUAAGGAAAGCAGAUUAGAAAACAGAGAGUUUAGGGAACGCUUGAUAAUAGGAAAGGCCUUGAUACCACUGCAGAAUGAAGUUUACUGAUCGUUUACUUCAUACUUGUGUCUGGACUGAGACUUUGAGGCAAUCGUAAGUCACUUUUUGAAGCUCUUUCUGGUUUUUGGACUUUUUGAGGCACCAUGACUCCUGGCGUUUCUGUCUUUACUUGAGAGUGUAGGUCACCUUUGACUUGUUAUGAUUUAUUUAGUUUGGUGUUUCCUCCAGAUAUCAUCAAAGGAUUAUGUAUGAUGAUCAUGAUGCUAUAUUUCAGAAUUAGUGAAAGUUGCUCUGUUUUGGAAACUCAUGGAAUGAACCUGGAGUUGGUUAUUGGUAUAUUUUGAAUUGCAAUCUUUUACAGUUUCUUUCUCCAGCUAGUUUGGUGUGCUUAUAUUUAUCCCACAUGGAGGGGAAGGAUUUGGAACUUGAGAUUUAGCCCAGUCAAUUCAUGUAUAGGACAAAAAAA